AAACCGAAGCAGCCAAACAGGACCUUUAAAAUCCCUUAUGAAAACCCAAAAACAAAAAUGAAAAUGAAGAAAAAAUUAUGCUCAGACAAAUCUCACAGCUGAUUGCUCUCCACUUACAUAACUUCACACCAGUAAAAUCCCACGUGUCAUUUGACUAUCCUAUGACUCGUAAGAAGCUUCUAAAACAAAAGCCCUAAUUGUCAAUCCCCUUUUUCCCCUUUACUCUCUCUCUCUGUCUCUUCGGACAGACGAACGAACCAACCUCGAUCAAAUAAUUACUAUACUUCCACUGUCGAGAAUUCUUACCCAGAACACUCUGAUUUUCUACUUCACAGAUUCAGUGAAUGCUAUCAUUCUGCCGUCGUACAGUUGGGACUGUGCACAGAGAUUGACUUUCUUAUUUGAACCCGACUAGGGUUUCAAAUUUGUUAGCUUGAUUAUGGGCUGUUUGGAGUUUAUGCAGUUCCGUGUGAUUAAUUAACUUCUGGUGUCAGUGUGAUCAUAAUGUAUUCGGGAGUCAGAAUGCCUGGAGCUCGGCAUUUUGCCCGGAUCGAUACUCACGAACUCAAACUUCAUAUUGAAAGGAAGAUUGGUCCUCAGAGAUCGGAUUCGUAUUUUGAUCUACUGACAAAGUAUUUUAGUGGUAAGCUUAACAAAGCAGAGUUUGAUAAUCUCUGUGUUGGGUUGGUUGGGCGAGAGAAUCUCUCCCUUCACAAUAAGUUCCUUCAAGCUAUCCUCAGAAAUGCUUGUGGCGCAAAGUCACCCCCAGUAAUAGGCAGCAAAAGGGAAGCUUCAUUGAAUAAUAAACUGCCGAAUGGCUAUAACAGAAGUAUACUUCAUUCCCUCGGUAAAGAUGUGGUUCCUCAGUCUCCUAGGAAGGGGAGAACACCAGCUUUUCGUGAUCGCAAGGUUAAGGACCGUCCAAGCCCUCUUGGCCCUCACGGGAAGCCACAUAAUAUUGUCGGUGAAGAAUCAUCCGCAAAGGUGCUGGAAGAGCAAAGUGCUACUGAAAUACUCUCCUUAGGUAGCAGGCAGCAAAGCGCUACUGAAAUGCUCUCCUUAGGUAGCAGGCCUCCUGUUGAAGUCAAUUCUGUGGAAGAUGGAGAGGAAGUGGAGCAGGCUGCUGGAAGUCCGGGCACAUAUAGCAGAAUCCCUGUAACAGCUCCUCUUGGCAUCUCUUUGAAUAUAAAAGGACCAAGGAAAGUGUUAAGUCACGGUACAAGCUCUUAUCUUUCGGCUGAAACUUGUCACUUCACUGGUGUGCUACCAGACAUAAAUGCUUUGAAGAAGAGGUUGGAGCAGAAGUUAGAGAUUGAUGGCUUAAAGGUCACCACAGAUUGCAUUAAUUUGUUGAAUAAUGGACUUGAUGCUUAUCUGAAGCGACUAAUAAAACCUUGUCUGGAGUUAGCUAGUACAAAGUCAGAGCAGAAGCACCCUCACCAAUUUCAGCAUCAGGGAUUAUCUGUUUUGAAUGGGAAGCGACCCAUGAGAUAUGCACAAAAUCCAAGCAGUUCCCCUUUGGUGUCAGCUUUGGAUUUCAGGGUUGCAAUGGAGUUGAAUCCCACUUUACUUGGAGAAGAUUGGCCAAUUCAAUUGGAGAAGUUCUGUUUGCGCCCCCCUGAAUAAUUACGGGAGCAUUAUGGAAGGAUUUGUGAUUUUGAUCUCUUCUCAGCUCAUCUUCAAUGGUGAUAUGAUUGAGGCCCCUGAAUCUGUUCUAACUGUGGUGUUGACACUAUAUAGAUAAAAGAUGCUGAUAUCUUCAAGGCUUAGACUUGCUGAAAAUUUUGAACCAGAUGCUUAGGUUGUAUAUACAUCUCAGAGCUGAUUAUCUCUAAAUUGGGACCCCUUACCUAGUAAAUUAUGAGGAUAUGGAUACAUAUAAGACUUUCAGCCAUUGCAAUGUGGCUAUUUUCUACUGAUAGCAAUAGCGUGUUCACGAUGUUGACCUUCUAUUGUCAAUAAAUUCUAUUUGUGGAAUACCAGAUUUUUCAUUGUAUUGUUAGUUCCUUUCUUGAGAGUAGAUUUUUGUAGGAGAGCCUCAACAGGCUCUUGUUGCUUUAGUGUCUCAGUAAAAAAUGUAGUUAUCUUAUUUUUUCUCAUAGUGAUACCAUUUUUCUUCUUGCAAGAAAUCUGUUUUACCUUGUUUUUGUCUUUUCUCCUGUAUGCAUGUGGUUAAUUUUUCUAUUAUACUUGAUAUUUCAGAUGUUUUGUUGUUUUGAACUGCAUAAACCUGUUCAUUGUUCUUGAUAUUGUGUUUGAGUAUUGAACCCACAGGUGAAGGAAAAGGUUUGUCGAUCAGGUGUUAUGCAGCAAUCUGACUGAAAGGUUUGUCGAUCAGGUGUUAUGCAGCAAUCUGACUGACAGGAUUCCAGUUGACCUUGAUGCUUUGAUGGAGUGUGAGCGGCUACUUUUCUGCUACUUAUCUUACAUACAAAGUAAAUAUUUUGCUAUAAUUUUCUACUGAUUGUCAGAUGUUUUGUUUCGUGCUUUAAUUAUUUCCUAUUGCUUCCCGUCUCCGUUUAGUUUGGUCCCUGCACUUCAUAUCAUAAAUGCUUCUGUUUAUCCUUUUCUUGAGCAGAUGUGUUCAAAUUUCCUUGCUUACGAUUCAACAGCAGGGAUCUGGCUCAUAUGCAGUAAUUCUAACAUAUACUUUCUGUUAGCAUGUUCCUGAUAUGGUUGCCUUUUGUGAUUUAAAAUUUAUGCAUGUGUAUUGUCUAGGUAUAUAUGUUGGUAAUUGGUUUGCACUUCUAAUUAAAAGCUUGCAGCAUCUUUGGAUGAAUUGGUCAUAAAACACAUUUAGGGACUGUCAGAAGAGGGGAGAGGGAAGUGGCUCUGAAGUGGCGUGGCUCUAUGCAAACUGAUUGGAAUAUUUUCAACACGCUAAGGGGAGUCAGGGAUAUCUUUGGUCUGAUUGGACUUAGCUUUUUCCUGCACCUAGUUUUCGCUUCAUAUGCGUUAAUAGGAUGGGUUACAAUUUAGUUUCUAGAUUCCUAUAAUUAUUGGUUUCUAGGAUCCUAUGUCCACAACUUGUGCAUUCCGGAUAAUGAGAUAUGAUUGACAUGUUCAAGGAGUUUCUGCCCAUUAAUCUGCUGGAACAGAACCAUAUGGGCAAAUCUUGCUGUUGGCUCAAGGGUGGGGAUGGUUUGGUCUACCAACCUAAUCUCCUUCCUAUGUACGCCCCCCUGGAUGUCAAAAGGAUUCCAGCCAGGAGCUGGCUUCUAUUGGUAAACCUGGGAUAUACUAAGAUUCAUUGGUUCAAUGGUGCACUUGCUGCAGGAAUUAAAUAUAUCAGGAGGCCAAUUUAAAGGAUGGAAGCUUGUUAAUUAGUAUUCCUAUAAAUUAGCAUUCUUAAUGUACUCUUUUAAGUCUUGUCAAAAUUUCUGCAGCUUCUGUCUUUUUAGGACAUCAUGUUAUUAUGGUCUAUGCUAUGUAAAUGGUUGCCAUUAAACCAUUCCUAAGAGAAUUUGCCACUAACUUAACCAAAGUCUAAGGCUUUACUCCUAGAGCUAGCUCUUCAUAUUCUUCACUUUUCCGGAGCAAUUUUGCUGUGCAGGCAUGACAAAUUGAGGAAGUGGAAACUUUUCUGGUCAGUCUCUCUUAUCCUAUGCUGUGUUUAAUAUGCAGAUUUAGAGCCAUGCAUCUGUGGGUCUAAUGCCUCACUCGUCAAAGUGUUUGGUCCAGUAGACUAAUAUCAGAUAUCUCUCUGCGGUCGAUAAAAUCUCGUUAAUUGCUUAAUUGACGCUGAUUUAUUGUAGGCUUUUCCUUUUAAGCUACUGCAUCUCGAUCAGAUUGGUUCUCAGUUUCUACGACCGAUUCUGUUAUAUGUUGUCAUAUCUGUG